CUUCUGGCUCGGACGGAUCUUACGAGCUCUGUACGAAGCUCGUAACAUAUACAUACAUACAUACAUACAUACAUACAUAUAAAAGCAAUAGUGGUCUCCCUCUGUGAGGGAAAUAAUUGUACACCAAGAAGGGGUUUAUAAGCCAUAGUACCGCAUUCGCGAAAGGACGACAUCAAGGACGGCAACUUCCACGCGCGGGGCAGAGGACACAAAUGAAAGAACUAUCAUUCUCCGCAGUGCUAUCCUGGUUACUGGUUUCAUUCUGUCUGUUCCUGUCGGCGCGCUGUGUCUACUCGACGGCAGUAAUUCCUAUCUGCGGCUACCCGACGACUGUCGUAGAUAUGACUUACGUGUGUUAUUACACGCACUUCUCUCGUCAAAACUCCGAGACGCUGGAACACUUACUAUAUCGGAUGGCGUCAAACUGCACCCUUACUGACUGGUGCAAAUCCUUUGACACCGAUGGGUACAUGUACGAUUAUGAAGUUGGUGCCACGAUUUCCCCCCCGUGUGGCAUAAUGACUGAGGUUGGAAAUGUCAUUUACUACAAACCCUCUACUCCGACGUCCUGCCCGCCUCCAUCACCCCCGUCGCCUUCGCCACCAUCCCCUCUGCCUCCAAGUCCUUCACCUCCCUCGCCCUCACCCCCGUCGCCUUCGCCGCCAUCCCCACUUCCUCCAAGUCCUUCACCUCCCUCGCCCUCACCCCCGUCGCCUUCGCCAUCAUACCCUCUGCCUCCAAGUCCUUCACCUCCCUCGCCCUCACCCCCGUCGCCUUCGCCGCCAUCCCCUCCGCCUCCAAGUCCUUCACCUCCCUCGCCCUCACCCCCGUCGCCUUCGCCACCAUCCCCACUUCCUCCAAGUCCUUCACCUCCCUCGCCCUCACCCCCGUCGCCUUCGCCACCAUCCCCACUUCCUCCAAGUCCUUCACCUCCCUCGCCCUCACCCCCGUCGCCUUCGCCACCAUCCCCUCUGCCUCCAAGUCCUUCACCUCCCUCGCCCUCACCCCCGUCGCCUUCACCACCAUCCCCACUUCCUCCGUCGCCUCCUCCCCCGUCACCCCGGCCUCCAUCACCCAGUCCACCCCCUCCUCCGCCCCCACCUCGCCGCUACCCGCUGCCGCCUCCCAGCACGCCUCCCAGCCCUGCACCCCAUCCACCACCCAGCAGCCCGCCCAGCCCCUCGCCUCCCACCUCCGAAGCUCCAUCACCAUCCUCUUCACCGUCACUUCCUCCCAGUAGCCCGCCACCCCAAACCCUACCAUCGCCCCAGCCCCCAAGCCCGCUUCCUUCCCCACCUGCGGCAAGCCCACCCCUACCUUCCCCUCCCAGCCCACCGCCUCCCUUCCCCCCGCCACCGCCUUCUCCUUCACCCCCUCUCCCGGCUUCCCCACCUCCUCGUCACCCCUCACCUCCGCCUCCCACACCACCGCCCCCAUCCCCGCCACCGCCUCAACCCUCCCCUCCCACGCCCCCACCCCCUCCCAACAUGUACUGGGCUACGUCCGCCUCCGGCCCCAGUGACCCCUCCGCUUCCAGCACCCAACCCGGCUCCGCCAGCCUCCUGGCAGGCCUCCCCAGCGGCCGGCUCGCCCGCAUCACCCGCACCGCCACCUGCGGCCCCGCGCCCAGCGUCAGCUGGGUGCCCACGCUGGCGGUUCCCCGCUAUGUGGUGGCCUACUUCAACCAGACCCCAGCUGCACGGGGCGCCCAGGUGGCGGCUGUGGAGCUCUACGUCACCAACAAGGGCAGCCUCAACCCCGCCAUUGCCUCCAUCGACCUGCUGCUCAAGGGAACGACUAACAAGCAGCAGGGGAUCACUCAGCGGUGGGUGACCAUGUACGUGGGCGGCUCCUCGGAUCCGCCGUUGAGCUGUCCGGGACUCAACCGCUUUGUCGUACCGGCAGCACCUGCUCUGCAACCGCCGCAGACCAAUGCCGGGCUGAACGCCUGCGAGGUGGUUGCUGUGCGGGUCACUGUCAGCAACGCAACUGUGGCUGCGAAGUCUGAGCUACCGCAUCUGGCGGCGGUUGGCCUGCGACUGCUGGGUUAGCGGUCGUGGCCACUUGUACCAACACACGCUGAGGCGGCUUGUCGAAGGCGUUAAGAAACUAUAUAAGUUAUUCAUUAUCACGUAUGUUGCCCGGCUAACUGACAAACAACUCUUUCCAAGCAAGGCUAAAUGUCGGUGGCUGGUUAUAAUAACCACGUUUCCUUUUUCUGCGGGAAGCCGGGUUUUCCAGACCCCGUAUUGUUAUGGCUAAUAAUGACUCACAAUCAAGUGUUUAAAUUACGCCGGGCUAGUUGGCCCUGGCAUGGCUUAUGGGGAUAGUAAGGUUUACAACGUGACAAGGUUCUCUCCUGCACACACCCCGCCAACAAUGUUUGCGGACGAGAUACCGGUAGUAGCGUAUCGUACUGUUCUGGAACCAAUUUGGGACGUGCCUUUUACUCUUGAAUCAGUGUCUUUUUCAUAUGUGCGGUGUUUCUUUCUUACCCAUAAAUAAGCCCUUGAUUUCGCAGGCUGCUUCAAGGACAGGGGUCCCCGGCGGCCGACACCCUUUGUUCAGUUUUCGUUGCUUGGUUCUCGUUGUUUUCGCUGCUGCUGUUAACGUGACUUAUCUUCCAUGCUACGUUUAGUACCCGUAAACAGGUACUUGUAUCUAUAAUUGCAUCAACUACUUAAAGAUUUGAUUACGCCGGCUUGCCCUGGUGUGGUUUAAGGGGGCGGGGGUAAUGGGGACCUGUUGAUACACGUUGUGAGGAUCCCCUCCCCUGUGCACCCUCCGUCACCGCUCGAAGUAGAGUUCCGUUAUGUGGAACUACCGUAUCGGUAUCCCCCUGGGCCUUCUUGAGGGGUCUCCCUCCAUACGCCUCAGAUGCUUUACUUUGGCGUUACUAACGAAGUGGACAGCGAUAUCAUGCAACUCGUCGCAUGCCGUUGAUAUAACCCAACUUGUCUAUCUGGACGGGGUUGU